AUGGGAUAUACCCCUACUAGCAAAUUGAAUUUACCUCUAAUGGAAUUAGGUUCGAGGGACAAAUGUAUACCUGGCAGAAGAAUAACAAUAAGUACUGGCUAUGGGACUAGGGAGGUUCUACGGCCCAGUGCUGGUGUGGUGACAAACUCUAUUCCCCUUCAGAUGAUUGCAUUAAGAGCAAAUUCCACACCAAACUAUGAAGAAGAAACCGCCCAUAUAUGGAAUGUACUAUCUGAAAUGGGAACCGUAAUACCAAUCUACACUCCAUAUGUGGAAUUAAGUGAUAAUAGAAUUUUAGAAAAUUAUCCAGCUAGGCUUCCACCCAUACUAAACCAUCUACCCCAAGCCCCUAAUAGGCUACAACCGCAACCUUAUGAGGGGCUGUUGCGGAACCAACCCUGGUGGAUGCACCAACUGAAUACCCCAACUAACCGCCAGCUGAAUGAACAUAACAACUUGAAGGACACAUACUUGUGUAAUUUGGUUUGGUGGAAGGUACUAAAUCUGAUGGUGUGCCUUUAG